AUGCGGAAACCGCCAUACCUCCUCUUCCUUCUCCUUACUUUUCUAUCAUCUCUCUCCCUGUCCCUUGCAGCCUCGCGUACGUCGUUCUGCAAAUGUACCUGCAAAGGCAAUAGUACCAUCAUAGCCCUCGACGCGCCCAGCACGAAGAAGCCCGCCGCCCUCGAAUUGAAACCCCGCGCCUCCAAAAAGACAUGUAACGAUUGCACCCGCCAAUUCUGCCUAGGUUAUGGCGUCUGCGCAGGAGAGAAAGAGGAGAACGUGCUUACAACAUGCUUCCAGAGAGAUUCUGCCAAAGACCAGGCAGUUGUGUUUGUCUUCAUUGGAGCGACGGUGGGGCUCUUGGGGUGGGCGGCAUUGCGGCCUUAUGUUGAGGGAUGGAGAGAGGUACGUGUAGGCGAGCGAGGCCGACUUGAUCGGGAACUGACUGGAAACAGCGUGCACGAGAACGGCGAAGCUAUAUACCUGUGGCUGGUCAAGGGAAUUAGCGAGUUGCAAGACUGGAAAUCGUUUGAAAAUGCAUUGGAUGUACAAUAUGGACACGAAGCAAAGAUACCCGAGAUGAUCGUUGACUCCUUCAUAACUGCUGAAGAACUCCAUCAUGCAUACAUCUAA